UACAUGUGUCGACGUCGCAGCAAGCAAGGUUGGUUUUUGUUGUUGAAAAUCCCCAUUCAUGCGCAAAUGAACAAAUAGAAAUAAAAAAAAGUUUCAAGAUGUGGUAGUUUUUUAGCUUACGGUGGCUGAAGUAGUUGAAAUGUAAUUUAGCAAAAAAAACGUGUUAUCUAUUCCACAAAUUUGGCGAAGUCCGAGCACUGGCUGGUGAGAAAACCUGCUUUGCUUCGCACACAAGCGCAUAUGUGUGAUAGUGUGAGUGCCCACCUCUGUUCUAGCGUCAUCAGUCAACUUUCGCAACAAACGUGGCAAAGACGGGUUACGAUUAAGUGAAAUUCUUUUUUAAUUUGUUAUUUGUUCAUGUAAAAUCGUUUAAAAUGACAAGGGCGCAUUGCUGUUGUAAUCCUUUUGAAAGAAAAUGACACAAAUGUGUCACGAAAAGGUUAAAGCUUAUAACCAGUAAGUGGAAAAAAAAUAAAUUCAGUGAAUUCAUAAAUCGCUUCAUGUGCCACUCGUGUGUAACUGAGAUUUAUAAAAUGGGCCGGUUAAAAUGUCCUCAAAUUCAUUCCGCAACAAAAAACAGGUUUUGAUUGAUUUUGAAGCUAACCAUAAUAGUGAUGCAGAGGAUGACAGCGGAAUUGCACAUGACGACUUAAUUGCAGAUCCUUCUUUUGCUAAUGAAUCGGUCGAUGAAUCAUUCACAGUAUCAAAAAUUAGUAGUUUACUCGAGCAGUUCAGGGAACCUGCCAUUAAAAUACAGCGACUUUCAGAUUUAUCUGACCACGAAAAAGAAGAGUUAAAUGCGAGUCUAGAGAACAUUAAAAGGAAUAUUAUAAAGAAUGGAUCAAAUAUUGAAGAAUGCAACUCAAAUAAUCAAAUUUGCGCGUACUUUUUAACAAGCAAACGUGUCGUGCGAACAAAAUUUCUGUUCUAACUAUGGUUCCGGAAAAUUGGAGCAUUAAAAUGAUAAGAGACAGUAUUAACGUAUCACGCCGAAUGACUUACCAAGCUAAAAAUCAACGUGCUACGGGUGGAGUCGGUCACGACCGUCAAAAAAAAGGGUAGUCCUAUAGAUUCAGCCAUUGUUGAAACAAUUUAAAACUUUUAUCGUUCUGAUAAUGUGAGUCGAAUUAUGCCUGGCGUUAAAGAUUAUAAAUCUGUCAACAAAAAUGGAAUUCGAUCACAAGAGCAGAAAAGAUUACUGCUAGCAAAUCUUGCAAUUUUACCUGCGGAAUUCUGUGAAAAAUAUCCCAAAUCGAAAGUUUCGUUAUCCGUCUUCGUAAAAUUGCGUCCACUCCAGUGUAUUUUCGUGGGUCCAAAAGGUACACACAAUAUAUGCGUAUGCAAAACGCAUGAAAAUUUUCGCCUCAAAUUUGUGGGAUUGGAUAAAGAGAUAAAGACCCUGACUUCUCACUGGAAUGUCGAAAUUGCUUUGCAAAAAUAGUAUGUUUGAAUCCAACACCCGAUUGCUUUCUGCUAAGAUCUUCGGAAUGUCCUAGAAUGGAGAAACUUUCAAAAAAUUGCCAGUCUCUCUUACAAACACGAAACAUUUCUUCCAUAACUUUCCAGCAAUGGAUUAGCACCGACAGGUAAAUUACAUAAAGAAUAAUGGAAGAUUUAAAUAGUCCCAUGUCGAUCAGUUUUAUUCCAUCAAUUAACACUACAUAAACAAAUUUAAAUAAAAUUGUUUAUAUUUUGUUUGGAUAAAUUUUUACAUUUAUUUUUUUUAUAUUUAAAUAUGGGUAUUAAAAAUUGUACUAUUUCGGCUAAAAAGUCAAAAAUAACUUCAUGUAACAGGUGCACAAUGUAAGAAGUGAAGGAGCCAAGCAAGCUGUUUCUGGCAAAUCUAAUGAAGGAUUUAUCGCUCACAUUGAAGCCCGAUUUCAUUGCAAGAUGUCAAAAUCAAUGGCUCACUGACCAGAAGAAUAAUUUAGACGAUGGAGAGUAUGUUGUUUGUCUGGAUUUUGCUGAAGAUUAUACCUGUCGCGUGCAAAAUUCAGUCCAAUCUGAAUAUUGGAACACAACGCAAGCAACAAUUCAUCCGUAUGUGAUUUACUACAAAAAAAGUGUUGUUGUGGAACACACGAACACGACAGUUCUGCAGUGAAUUUGUUCAAUACAAAAUUAAUUUCGUUCAUGAAGGUUAAUUUUGGCCGACCAAACGUAAAAAAAAUCUAUUACUAUUCUGAUGGAGCCGGUUCUCAGUAUAAAAAUAAAUUUAAUUUUAUCAACUUGCUCCAUCACAAAGAAGACUUUAAAGUGGACGCCGAGUGGAACUUUUUCGCUUCAGCACACAGUAAAUGUGCAUGCGAUGGGCUUGGAAGUGUGAUCAAGCGAAACGCUUAUCGUUCCAGUUUACAAAACCGAGACUCUAAGAAAAUUACAGAGGCACAAUCGCUUUUUGAAUGGGCACGAAUGUAUUUCAAGUCAAUACAUUUUUGAUUCUGCACGAAAAAUGAUCACGAAAACUUAAAACGCGUUACGACAAAGCAAAAACUCUAAAAAAUACUCGCCAAUUUCAUCGUUUUGUGCCCAAUGUCCAAAAGAAAAUGGAAUGCAAAAUUUUUUCAGGACAUGAUGAAUCCGUAAUUGUACCUGUUAAUUAAAAUGAGU